GCAGCAGGAACAAGCAGAGGGUGGUCAGUGUUUGGGUUUUAGUUUCUAUGUUAGGCUGAUUACUAGGGUAAAAUCUGCACUGGGACGCCCUCCUGUUUAGGCGAGGAGAUUUCUAACCAUGGCACUGCCGUCCUUGCACAAAGUUUUGACUCGAAACUGUUAAUAAAUGAACUAUCAGUUGAGAACUUUAACUAUCAACAAAUGUUCUAAAGGAAAAAAAAACUUUUGAUUUUGGUCAUGAAGAGCUCAGCUUUGUGGGUUAUAGUGGAAUGUGCCAGCAGAGUUCUUGGCAUCUCUACUGCUGCAGUGCUUUGUGCAGUGGGUUUAGAGACUCAGAAACAGGGAGAGUUCAACAGCUUGGCUGUCUAUCUCCUGCUGUCUUCGGUGGUGAUCAUGAUUUUUGAAGUUGCCUAUUUCAUUGACGCUCUGCUGGCAAUGUGCCUUCCUUGUCCACCCACAUGGAAGAUUUUCAUUCUUUGGAAGAAGAUGGCUAAUGUUGGGGGUUUUCAGAAGUUUCUGUACUACACAAUGAUGUCUUUGAUGUGUUUCCUGCAUCCGGUGCUUGUAUGGCAUGCUGUAAUACCAGGAAUUAUGCUGGUAGUGACUGGAUUCUUUAACUUCAUACUGAGCAAAAAGAAGUCAGAUCCGCCUAAAGAUUCCAGGUCAUCGUAUAGAGACCCGGCUCUGUCUUCUGUCUGUGUCACAGACAGGGAGGACACUGAACACACAUUCUCUUUCUUCCACGUCAUUUCAGGCAAAAGAGCAUCUUUUUUUCCAAGCAAUAGCCGACUGCAUGGGCGCACAGACAGGGCUCAGACAGUGAAGAAUACCCAACGCAAGAACAGACAAACAGACACAAGAAAUGUGCACUUCAUUGAGAGUCUCAGACAUAAUGAUACUGAAAUGGAAGAAUACCAUGAAGUGGAACCAGUGGAUACCACGUCAGAUAAAGCACCAAUGAUUAGACUGUAAACAUGAGAGAUCAUAGUGUUAUAAAUAAUUUUAGGCAUGAGGUGCUAGUUAAGACGGUACAAAUACCUCUACUCAAAAUCUGACCAAUUAUUCAAAGAAUGAAAAUUAUUUUUCUUUAUGUUCACUUAUUCG